AUGACUCAUGCUGCAGUGGUGGAGCGAGACCUAUCAUCGCUGCCAUUUGCGAACCUGGAAGUCCUGAUCGACGAAGUGGCUGCAAUAGACACACUGCAGAAAAGAGUCCAUCUGAAGAACGGCGGGGAAUGCACGUAUGACCGGCUGUGCAUCUGCACGGGUGCGGUCCCCAAGAGUCUGGCAGAGCACGCUUCAGUGGUGACCCUGAGGGACAGCACCACUGUGGAGGAACUGGUGUCCCGGCUGCCAAGUGUGCGCCGCAUUGUGCUGGUGGGCAAUGGAGGCAUUGCUUUGGAGCUUGUGCAUGCGCUGCAAGGCAUGCAGGUUGUAUGGGUUGCGCGCCACUCGCACAUUGGCGACGCAUUUUUCGAUCGGGAUGCAGCAGAUUACCUGUUGAGUGAGCUCAAAACAGGAUGGAUCACCCCAGACAUUCAGGGGCGCAGCUUUGGGAAUGCAGUGGGGCCACGCUGGACAUCCGCGCUGCCGUCAGGGCCUUCAGAGCGCUCCAUCACUGUAGAGAAUGACUGCGAGGUUGAGCGCCUGGUCACAGAUAGAGGAGAUUGGCCAGUGACUGUCAAGCUUACAAAUGGCCACAGCCAUGGAGCAGACCUGGUGGUGUGCGCCAUCGGCGUGGCCCCCAAUGCAGACUGGCUCCCGCAGGAGCUUGAAAGAAGCGAGGACGACGGCGGUGUGCUGGUCAACAGGGACAUGAAGACGUCUGUAGAGGGCGUAUGGGCCGCGGGUGAUGUGUGCACUGUCAGGUCAUCAGAGCUGCAGCCCCACUGGUUCCAGAUGCGCCUCUGGACUCAGGCGCGUCAGAUGGGAGCCCAUGCGGCGCACACCAUGGCGGGUGUGGCAGAGGAGACAGGCAGUGGCUUCACUUUUGAGCUGUUUGCGCAUGUGACUCGCUUUGUUGGCAAGAAGGUCGUCCUCCUUGGCCAGUACAAUGGGCAGCGCCUGGAGCAUGAGCCCGAGUCUGACAUGGUCAGCUACUCACGCAUCACCGAGGCUCCCGAGAGCACGUUCGUCCGAGUCCUGCUGCUGCGAGGGCGCUUGGUGGGAGCAGUGCUGAUUGGGGAGACCAACCUGGAGGAGGCCUUUGAGAACCUCAUCCUGGAUGGGCUUGAUCUGUCCACAUAUGGACCUGCGCUUCUGGACCCUGAUCUCGAGGUGGAUCACAUCUUUGAUUAG